AGUCACAAAAUAUUGCCUUUUGUGUGAAUGGCGGUCGGCAUGGUGGUUUUUCAUUUCUCAAAUGCCACAUUCAUUCAAACCAGGCCAUUCACCAAAUCGAUUUCCCGAUCAUAUUACGAGCAAAUGAGUACAACAAAUGGACUUCGCAAAUCAGUGAAAUCGAUGUCAUCAAGGGCGAGGCAAAUGAUGGUCAUCCUCCUCGCGCUCGCCUAGCCUCGGAGGUUUGAGGUUUUAAUUGAACUGAGCAUGCGCAAAUAUGCGUUGCCAUUAAACGAUCUUCCUACGCAACGGCUGGGCAUCAAUUUUGUUACGCGAUUUUAAAGAGCGAUAAAUGAUCUCAUUAUGGACCUGAUAAUGAUCCAAAGGUGACAUCCCAGUGUGCAUACGCUUAGAAAUUAUUGAUUCAAGCAUGUCACGACCAGGUUCCAUGAGGAAGAGAAGAGGCCUUGAUGCAUCCCCUUCAUCAAACUCACCUCAAGCCGGUCUUGAGCCAUGUCAUACAUGUGGAAGAACAUUCCUGCCAGAUGUUUUGGCGAGGCAUUUACCAAUAUGUGCCAAAGUGUUCAACUCUAAAAGGAGAGUGUUUGAGUCGGGAAGACAGAGAAUAGCAGGAACUGGAAUAUCAAUCACAAAAAUUGUCAGACCAGAUAAAAUAAAGAAACAAGGGAUCAAGAAGACAAACUGGAGACAAAAUCAUGCAGAUUUUGUGAAUGCCAUUAGGUCAGCAAGACGGGCCCAGCAUGCCAUUAAUACAGGGAAGCCCCUCCCUCCUCCGCCGCCUCCAUCUAUCAAUCCAGACUACAUCCAAUGUCCUCAUUGUGGGCGUCGCUUCAACCAAACUGCGGCAGCCAGACACAUCAACUUCUGUGGCGAGAGAACCAAUACCUUUGGUUCGCCCGUCAAGCCACUCAACAAGAGAGCCGCGGCUGAUGUGCAUGGGAGUAAGGUGGCCAUAAGAAAAGCCUAUGAUAACAUUGUAGUGAGACGGAAACCUUCUACCAACCCUUAUGCCUAUGCCCAGGGCGAUGGCAAUGAUGAAGGGGUCAAGGUCUACUCUGCAGCGUUUGGGGGCAGUGGUCCUGAUCAACAAGGUAAAGCUUCAACAGUUACUGCCAGACGGAAUUCAACCUCGCCCAGAAGAAAAAUAGCUUCCCCUCGGCAAUCCUCCCGCAGGAGUUCAACAUCUCUCAUAUCAUUGUCACCAAGACAACAAUCAUCACCAAGGCAACAGCCUUCACCGCGGCAACAAACAUUGCCAAACCAACGGACUUCUCCAGGGUUCAAGCAGUUUUCCAGAGAGUCGUCAUCACUCUUGUCGCAUCCGUCCACCUCUCCUCGUUUUCAGUCAUCCUCACAGCCGUCCGCAUCUCUGUUGCCCCAGACAGCAUCCAUGAAACAUUCCCCGUUGCGGUCGUUACCUCCAGCAACACAGCAUCCGUCAUGGCAGGCACCCACGUUGCCACAAAAGCUACCAUCUCCUUCUCAAGAACUGACAACAAUACAGCCCCUGUCCUCAUCUAGCCCUCACCAGCACUCCUCACCAUCUCAGAUCAUGGGUCCUGCCCAGAUAUCCCCUCCGCCUAUUCCUCAGGCAAGCCUCAACUCAUUACCGCCAUGGCAGCAAGCCUUGAAGACCAGCAGCAGCAGGUCACCUCCAAAAGCAGCAAGACUUCCCAAUGGACACAUCAGGAGGUCAAGAUUGAUCAAGUCGGGAAAACCCAAGGGCAAUGUCAGAUUCGCUGAUAAUGUCCAAGUUAAAACAUUUGGUGAUACUUUACCGGGACCCGAUGAUGUCGGAGGGCCUGCUGACUACGAAGCACCCUCACAGUCAGUGUAUGCCUCCCACAAUGCCAUGCCAAAUAGCUUUGAUGAACAAUUACUAUCAAGACACCAGGAUCUUAUGUCAGUGUUGAAGAAGAACUAUGGGGAUGAUGUGAUGCUGGCCACACCCGGCAACCAUAUCGAGGAGAUGAUGCAGUCCAGGCAUCCAACCCAUCCCCUUCCGAACUAUGGUGGGAUGGGUCACUAUGGCAACCAAGGAGGACAUGAGGGUGGAGGAAUACCCGACCUCACACCCAUGAGCACGGGGCUACAGAGAAGCUCGGCAUUGAAUGCUUCGCCAUCGCAUCUCCCGCCAUCCUCUAUGAUGACCUCCUAUCAGGAUUCCUUUGGGAGAACGGAUCACUCGUCAUUUAAUAGCACAACUCCCUUCUCACUGAACAACCCAUCAGGACUAUCCAAUGAAGCUACCUCCAACCAUACCAGGCCUCCGCAGGGGUACGGUAGAAGGCCACGCCCGGUCGUAGGAUCCCUUCGCGGUCCAGUUCCUUCCAAGCCAUCUCCCAGUGACUUCAGUAAGCUCUCUAUCUCUGGAGGCAUGCAUGGAGGGGCAUUCUCAGGAAUGUGAUGAUGUUGAUCUGGAAGUCACGUCUAAUUGGAUGUUCCAGGUUCCACCCGACACCUACUUUAGCCGUCUCCCAGUGGAGGGCAUUCCAAGGAAUGUGACGUUGCUACUCUGGAAGCCACUAACAAGUGGAGGUUCCAGAUUCCGCCCGGCACCUACUUUAGCCGUCUCCUAGUGGUGGGCAUUCCAAUGAAUGUGACGUUGCUACUCUGGAAGCCACUAACAAGUGGAGGUUCCAGGUUCCGCCCGGCACCUACUUUAGCCGUCUCCCAGUGGAGGGCAUUCCGAGGAAUGUGACGUUGCUGCUCUGGAAGCCACUAACAAGUGGAGGGUCCAGGUUCCACCCAUCACCUAGUUAAGCCGUCUCCCAGUGGAGGGCAUUCCAAGGAAUGUGACGUUGCUACUCUGGAAGCCACUAACAAGUGGAGGUUCCAGAUUCCGCCCGGCACCUACUUUAGCCGUCUCCUAGUGGUGGGCAUUCCAAUGAAUGUGACGUUGCUACUCUGGAAGCCACUAACAAGUGGAGGUUCCAGGUUCCGCCCGGCACCUACUUUAGCCGUCUCCCAGUGGAGGGCAUUCCGAGGAAUGUGACGUUGCUACUCUGGAAAAGUGGAGGUUCCAGGUUCCGCCCGGCACCUACUUUAGCCGUCUCCCAGUGGAGGGCAUUCCGAGGAAUGUGACGUUGCUACUCUGGAAGCCACUAACAAGUGGAGGCUCCAGGUUCCGCCCGACACCUACUUAAGCCGUCUCCCAGUGGAGGGCAUUCCGAGGAAUGUGACGUUGCUACUCUGGAAGCCACUAACAAGUGGAGGUUCCAGGUUCCGCCCGGCACCUACUUUAGCCGUCUCCCAGUGGAGGGCAUUCCGAGGAAUGUGACGUUGCUACUUUAGAAGCCACUACCAAUUAGAGGUUCCAGGUUUCCACCAGCACCUAACAACCAUAGUCAUCAAAGGAUGUUCCCUUGAAAGUGAUCUUCAAAUUGAUGUUACUAAGAUGAAAUCCAUGCCCAAUUGGAUGCCCUAAAUCUUCUUGUUUGGCCCAAAUCUGCAGUCUACUGUAAACGCUGUUAUUUUUGCGCGAUUAGUUUUUUUCGUACUUAGCGGCUUCAAAACACAUUCGCGGGUUCUUAAAUUUGCGCUGCACACUCCAUGAUCACAAAGUCCCUUCCUUCUUGCCCAUCUGUAAAUGGUUUUAAUCAACAUUUCAGCAACAUAAUCAUAUUUUCUGAUCAUAAUUCUAGCUCUAAAGCGGCAUAAUUCAGCGUUGUUUUGAUCUAAUCAUGAGCUUUUGUGACAUUUAGCGCAACUUUUCUUUGCGGGGCGGACAUCGGGGAAGGCAAAACGGAGGUGCUAGCUGCUGGUCUGGUAUGGACGGCCGAGCACCGGGUAAGGACCGGGGGGAUUAUGGCUAUCAAAGUGCAUGGGAUCAAUCAACAAACAUGGGCGAUUGACCCAACGUCUUCUGAACAGAUCUUAACACUCACCAAUCAAACAGCAAAAGCAAUUUAUA